AACUACUUACAAAGUUGUAAAAUACCCCAUUAAUAGUAUUAAACUCCUCUCCUUACUAAAAACAGAACAAAUUACCUGUCUUUCAUCUUUUCUUCACACGAUUCUUUCCCACGACUUCACGGCAAAACACCCCACCUUCAAGGUCGUCGUCCCAAUUUCUUCCUCUCUCUUUCUCUCUCCUCUCAUCGGAAAACACCGUCGUCGUCUUCGUCGUCGUUAACUAAUAGAGUGACAGAGGAGAGAGAAAGUUACAGAGUAUUCCAUUGAAGAAAUAAGAUCAUGCUCGCUCUUUUCGCAUGGCUGCUUUCCUUCUUUGUCGUCAUCGCCCUUCUUGUCGUCGUUGUUUACCAGCUUAUGUGCUUGGCAGACCUCGAGUUUGAUAACAUCAACCCAUAUGACUCUGCAAUUCGGAUAAAUCAAGUAGUUUUGCCCGAAUAUGUAAUCCAAGCAGGACUUACCCUCCUUUUUCUUCUGACGGGUCAUUGGAUUAUGGCACUUUUAUGUGCCCCUUACCUCUACUACAAUGUCAAAACGUACAUGGACAACAAGCACUUUGUAGAUGUGACCGAGAUCUUCAAUUUGCUAAAUUGGGAAAAGAAGAAGCGUCUUAUCAAACUUGGAUAUCUGUUGCUUAUCCUGUUCCUCUCAUUAUUUUGGAUGAUUUGGACUACGUUGGAAGAUGAUGAAGAACUCUAUUAGGUCACAACUAUUUUACUGCUGUCCCUUUUUAAGUCUUGCAACAUCAAGACUGAACUUGCGGCUUCUUCAGGGACCGGGUUUUCCUGCAACUGCUAGUGGUUGUGGUGUUUCUGGAUUUGGCUGCUAGUUCAUUAGGCACUCACUUCAUAAUUGAUAAUGUAAUUGGAAAUAUGUCAAAAUGAUAGAUAUUCCAUUUUUUUUCUUUUGAAAUUAGACGUUCAUAUAGAUUAAUCCCUAGAUUAUGAAGCCUUUUUUCCUUCAUUUUCUUUCGUGUAUUAUUGGUUUCUCUUGAGCUUCUGCUCCUUAUUCAAAAUUCUGUUGUGGUAAAUUAUUUACUUAACUCGUUUGAGCAUUUUGUUGCAAUAUUAAGUCUGGGCUAUUCUCCAUUUUACACUUUAUCA